UUUAUUUUUAAGCCAGUAGUGAAAAUAAACAAAUUAUAUUAUUAUUAUGAAUAAUAUAAAAUUUGAUCAUGGUAUAGAAAUGUAGCAUAUAAUUACUUAGAUAUAAGGAUAUCGGUUAUAUCUUAGACAAUGAAAAAGUGCAGUACAAUUAAUGGAGAAGUUACAAUGGGAAAAUACGAACAUGAUGAUGUUAAGGAUACCUUCACUGUGCAACUUCUUUACAAAGCUGUACUUAUCCUGCUAUGUUUGGCCUGUUAUUCACAUGCACUGAACGGAAGCUUUGUUUUUGAUGACCAAGUUGCUAUAGUAAAGAACCUGGAUGUAAUAACCACAUCCACCAAUUGGACAGCACUAUUUAGAAAUGAUUUCUGGGGCACACCGUUAUUAAGCGUUGAAUCACACAAGUCAUACCGUCCGUUUACAACAUUGCUAUUUCACUGGGAAUACGUGCAACUUGGAUUCCGCGCCAAACAUAUGAAAGUUAUUAAUUUAAUAAUGCAUUGUAUAAAUACGCUCUUAGUAUGGCGUUUACUUCGAAAGUUUCGUUUUGAAUCAACUAAUCAUAAUCAAAUUGCUGCAGUAGCGGCAGCAAUUUUCGCUAUACAUCCAGUUCAUACCGAAGCAGUUUGCGGGGUAGUUGGUAGAGCUGAACUAUUAUUUUGUUUGUUCUUUCUUGUUGCUUUGUUGCUUACAUAUGAAAGACAAAGUUUUGGUUCAUUUACCGAUGUAUUAAUAAUCUUAAUCACAACGGUGGGAAUAUUCUUCAAAGAAACUGCUAUAACCAUACCAGUUGCCUGUGUUUUUCUUGAAUAUACACGUUCACAGGUUUACCUUCACCCUUGGAGAACGCAAUUAAAACUUUUAUGCUCACCUCGAAAUAUCAUAUUCGCACUUUGUAAUAUAACGUUGAUAAUCUUCCGGCUAUGGCUGCAAGACUUUCAAAGUCCCCGAUUCAAACCAAUGGAUAAUCCCAUAGCAUUUAAUAAUGAUCCGUUAAAACGAAUUCUUUCUCAAAAUUACUUAUACGUCAUUAACUGGUGGAUUCUUCUUUGUCCGCAAUGGCUUAGUUUUGACUGGGCUCUGGGAUGCAUUGAAUUAAUUAACAACGUAUGGGAUUUGCGCUUGCAAGCAAUACUUGCUAUGUAUUCUCUAGCAAUUGUUGCUUUCAUAAACAGCAAACAAAAUUUUACACCUAUAUUCGGUAUCGGUUUGAUGGUAAUACCUUUCAUACCAGCUUCGGGUAUUAUUAAAGUUGGUUUUGUUAUUGCCGAACGUGUGCUUUAUGUGCCAUCGAUUGGGUUUUGCUUCCUAGUAGCACAGGCAUUAUCAUACGUAUACAACUCAAACGCAAAACCAUGGCUGAUUUCUAUAUUCAAAUGGUUAUCUAUGCUAUUAUUUAUCUGCUUAUUACUUCGAACGCGUGAGCGCGCCGGCGAGUGGUUGUCUGAAGACAAAUUGUUCUCAUCAGCAUUGAAGGUCUGCCCCAAUAACGCAAAGGUCCAUUAUAAUAUAGCACGUCUGGCGACGGAUAGAUUAGAUCGCAAAAAAGCGCUCGUACAUUACCAUAAAGCAAUCAAGCUAUAUCCACAGUAUGAAUCAGCGCUAAUGAAUUUGGGCAAUUUAUAUCGUGAGAUGGGUCAACUAGAAGAAGCCGAAAAGUAUAUAAAAAUAGCUUUGGACGCCGUGCCGGAUUUUGCUACCGCAUGGAUGAAUUUAGGAAUUGUUCAAGCAGCACGAAAAGAUUAUAAAAAUGCUCUACAAAGUUACAAAAAAGCAUUAAAAUUUCGCAAAAAAUAUGCAAUUUGCCAUUACAACUUAGGCAAUCUCUAUCUCGAUCAAAAAAUGCACAUUGAAGCAAUGCAACAAUGGCAAGAGGCAGUUUCAUUGAAUCCGAGACAACCCAAAGCAUGGGUGAAUAUACUCACAAUGUUGGACAAUCAGGGACUCUAUGAAGAUGCUAUAAGACUUUCCACCCAAGCUAUUGGUCAUUUACCAAAUGAAAGCAGUAUUAUGUUUAUACGUGCUAACGUUUUCGGAAAGCUGAAGCGUUACAUUGAGGCAGAAGAACUUUAUAAACAUAUUCUAAAAUCUGAACCGUUAAAUGUUAUGGUUCAUACAAAUUUGGGUGUUCUAUACCAUCGAUGGGAAAAAUUGAAUGACGCUAUAGAAAGCUACCAAAAGGCAUUGAAAUUAAAUCCUGAAAAGGCAAUUACUGCUCGGGAAAAUCUUUCUAAGCUAUUAAUACGUAGACGAAAAGAAAAAGCAAGUAAAACACUUGUUUAAAUUGUAAAAUUUUUGUGUUUAUUAAUAAUAGUUAGCCCAGCUCUCUAAUAAUAAUAGUCUAUAUUUCUUGAAAAAAUCAUAAAUCAAAAAUUUGUUAAAAAAAUAUUCCGAUUAAGUUCAAGUUACUUCUUACUACUUAAGACGCAAUAUAAAUACUAAAGAAAAGAAUGUGGUAUAUUUAAGCUUUCUCCCAAAUUAAACUUAAAGUAAUAUCAACAAGCGCUUAACUAUAUGUACAUAUAUACAUACGUUCAAAGUUUUAUUGAAAUUUAAAUAUCCUCUACAAGAUAUUAUCAGCGCAAUGAAAAUCCAUUUUUAGAACUUCGUUAAUUUUAAAACAAAUUCUGGAGAAAACGAGUUUUUCGUACGUCGAUAUUAAUAAAAUUCUGACACAUAUGUACUAUGUACGCAUAUACAUAUAUACAUACCAUUGUGUGCAGUGCAACGCGUUAAAAAACGUGAUGAGUACGUUAAAAUAUUAAAGCUUGUAUGUAUGUCAACUUCAAAAAUGUUAUGUAUACAUUCCACCGUUAUUUAACGAAUGCAAGUAAUGUUAUUCGUUAUUGCAGUAUGUAAAGUGCUGAAACAGCGCUUUGUCCAAGUUAAAAAUACCUUCACAAAUACCUUGCAACUAAAAAGUUUCGAGAUGAAACUUUUAUUUAUAAAUCUUCAGGUCAGAACGAAUGUAUAGACUCAAACGCAGAUUUAAAUGUACAAGUAUAGUUGAACUACACUUCUUAGUGAAAUGGCUUAGUAUGAUUUACCAUCAGCCAGCUAUGUAUAAUAUUAUUUUGAAGUCCGUUAUAAUAAUAAACUUCCAUACUCACCACAAAAAAAACUAUACUAAUGUAAAAUUGUAAUGGAAGUAGUUCUGAAUCAACUGAUUUCACUUAUAUUAAUUUAGAAUGUACUUCUAUUUGAAUUACCUUACAAUUUCUGUUUUUAAAAAUAGUAUUAUAGCAUUGAGUGAAUCUCAAAAAGGCACAUAUGUACAUAUGUUUAGAGUUAAAAAUAUGAAGUAAGAAACGCAGAAAAUCGUAGCAAUUAGGAUUAUUUAUUUAUUUAUUGCUAAUUCCAUAUUUACAUUAUUAAGUGUAAGUCAGUACUUUUAAUCUAUAAAAUAAUAUAGCGGUAUGUUUUAUAAAUUGUUCUUAAAUAAUAUACAAAUACAACACUUCAAUGUAAAUUUUUUAUUUUAAUAUUUGAGAGAAUGCAAGUGAAGUUUAAACUCGUUCUAAAUUUAAUAACUUAUAGUGACAGUCUAACAUCCAAAUUAUUAACAUAAAACUGAUGAUUUUAUGAAUGAAUACCAAUUUUUUUUUAUUAAUGUUACUAUAAAGUAAUUUCAUAGUUAUAAUGCACAACAUAAUUUAAUGGUUCCUUUACUGUUAUCAGAUUCAUCGAAACAUGAAUAAUGGAAUUAUUUUUAGUAUACACCCAAACUAUUAAACUAAUCAAUACAAUAAAAAAAUAUUUGAAUCACAACUGCGUAAUAAUUUUUCCAGAAAUAUAAAUUUUAUACUUUUAUUGAUCGCAGAUUUCAUUAUUUGGCAAACUUCUUGGUUAAUUAUUUCCUUCACAGUUUGUGUCAAUCAUUGCGAAGGGUCUGAUAUCUAAAAAAAAAAA